GCCAAGACUCCGGGCAGAUCCUCCCAGAGGAAGGUUUGAAACGCAGGAAGGCGGAGGGGGCCCCUGGGAGGAGGCGGUGGGAGGGCAGAGGGCCGGGGCCGGGGCUCUGCCCGGAGCCUUCGAGCCUUCGGGGUGGGCAUCCUGGGCAGGGCGAGCGGCUGAGGGGUGGAAGGGGAGAAUGCGCCUCUCCAAAACCCUCGUGGACAUGGACAUGGCUGACUACAGCGCCGCGCUGGAUCCCGCCUACACCACCCUCGAGUUCGAGAAUGUGCAAGUGUUGACCAUGGGCAAUGACACAUCCCCAUCAGAAGGUGCCAACCUCAAUGCACCCAACAGCCUGGGCGUCAGCGCCUUGUGUGCCAUCUGUGGGGACCGGGCCACAGGGAAGCACUACGGUGCCUCAAGCUGUGACGGUUGCAAGGGCUUCUUCCGGAGGAGCGUGAGAAAGAACCACAUGUACUCCUGCAGGUUCAGUCGGCAGUGUGUGGUGGACAAAGACAAGAGGAACCAGUGCCGUUACUGCAGGCUUAAGAAGUGCUUCCGGGCUGGCAUGAAGAAGGAAGCUGUGCAGAAUGAGCGGGACCGGAUCAGCACUCGCCGGUCAAGCUAUGAAGACAGCAGCCUGCCCUCUAUCAACGCUUUGCUGCAGGCCGAGGUCCUGUCCCAGCAGAUCACCUCCCCCGUCUCUGGGAUCAAUGGAGACAUUCGAGCGAAAAAGAUUGCCAGCAUCGCUGACGUGUGCGAGUCCAUGAAGGAGCAGCUGCUGGUGCUCGUUGAGUGGGCCAAGUACAUCCCUGCCUUUUGCGAGCUCCCUCUGGAUGACCAGGUGGCCCUGCUCAGAGCCCAUGCUGGUGAGCACCUGCUGCUUGGAGCUACCAAGCGAUCCAUGGUGUUCAAGGACGUUCUGCUUCUAGGCAAUGACUACAUCGUCCCUCGGCACUGCCCGGAGCUGGCAGAGAUGAGUCGGGUGUCCAUGCGCAUCCUCGAUGAGCUGGUACUGCCCUUCCAGGAGCUACAGAUCGACGACAAUGAGUACGCCUGCCUCAAAGCCAUCAUCUUCUUUGACCCAGAUGCCAAGGGGCUGAGCGACCCGGGCAAGAUCAAGCGGCUGCGCUCGCAGGUACAGGUGAGCCUGGAGGACUACAUCAACGACCGCCAGUACGACUCGCGCGGCCGCUUCGGCGAGCUGCUGCUCCUGCUGCCGACCCUGCAGAGCAUCACCUGGCAGAUGAUCGAGCAGAUCCAGUUCAUCAAGCUCUUCGGCAUGGCCAAGAUCGACAACCUGCUGCAGGAGAUGCUGCUGGGAGGUCCGUGCCAGGCCCAGGAGGGGCGGAGAGGGUCCUCCAGUGAUGCACCUCAUGCCCACCACCCCCUGCACCCGCAUCUGAUGCAGGAACACAUGGGCACGAACGUCAUUGUUGCCAACACGAUGCCCUCUCACCUCAGCAAUGGACAGAUGUGUGAGUGGCCCCGACCCAGGGCACAGGCAGCCACCCCUGAGACUCCACAGCCCUCACCGCCAGGUGGCUCGGGGUCUGAGCCCUACAAGCUCCUGCCAGGAGCGAUCGCCACCAUCGUCAAGCCCCCCUCCGCCAUCCCCCAGCCGACCAUCACCAAGCAGGAAGUCAUCUAGCAAGCCGUUGGGGGUCGGGGGCUCUGCCGGCCCCCCAGCCCCCUCAGAGAGCCCCGGUGGUCACUUGUUCACAGUGAAGGAAGCCAUGACAACAAGGCCAGUCUCAGGGCAGCAGUGGAAAGGGCAAGGGGACUAAGAACUUGGGCUCUGGGCCAUAGCCCGUUGCUACCCUCCGCCCCCUGCUCUGGAUGACGGGGCUCUGACUUGGGGAGGCCCCAGCUGGGAAAUCCUCUGCUGCCUUGGACAACUCUUCUCUUGCCGAAGCCACUGCCUUCCCCUUCAUCAUACUUGCCCCCUACUUCUUCAGCCCCAAAGGACAGCUGUCUGGAGAUGACACAGGACCUUGCUUCAACAUAGCUCUCUUCCCCUUCAGAUGGAUACUUCUUUCUCCAAGUACUGCCCUAGUUCCCAGACACAGAGCCCUUCAAGGCUGGGUUGGAUUGGGGCAUCUGACCUCUCCCUGUUCCGCUACCCCAACCUCCAGUCUCUCCACCUGCCACUGUCACUUUCCUCAGCCAUCCUAAUUCCUCCACAGCCACCUCUCCAGAGGCUGAAGGAAACCCGCACGCAAUCCCCCAGUCAUUCCAGGAGCAUUUUUAAAGCACCGGCUGGGCUAGGCACAGUGUGGGAGACUGGUGAGGAGGAGGACACCCUUCCACCUCUAACCUGUGGCUCAUCCCAGGGAAUUAGGCGGGUACUGGGGGUGGUGCUCCCCGCAGGCUGUCCACCACGAGAGGACAAGCCAAGGUGGACAGUCGCAACAGGAACUUGGAAGGACUGAGGCGGUCAGAGAAAGCUCUGGGAAAGGGGCAGACUCUGCAGUAGGUCUUUAUGGAAGGGCAGGAUUCCAGCUGGUGGAGCAGGUGAGAAAGGGCCCCAGGGCGGAGGAAGGGCAUGGGAGGGAGGUGAUGGAAAGACCAGGUUGUCUGGAACAGCGCAGGGGUCUUGAAUGCCAGGACUGAGGCACUGAGGUUUGGGGGAAGCCGGGGAGGAGGCACAGUGGGUCGGGAGGGAGCAGGGAGGUCAGAUAAGGGCUGAGGACGUGAUCCAGGUGAGGACAAGGCGACCUGGAGACGACGAUGCUGGGUGCGAGCCCAGCUCAGAAGGACAUCAGGGAGGAAGGACCCCCUUCUCCAGGGCUUGUCUCAAACUCUGCCUCGUUUCUGGCGCUGUGUUAAGGCACUUGACACACAUCACCUUCUUGCAUCCCAGAGACCAUUCCAGAAGAUGAAAUUGAGAUCUGAGUGGUUAAGUGAUUUUGCUGGAACUCACAGCACUAGUAUGUAACCGAGUCAGGAUUGGAUCCCAGGUCUGCCUGGAUCAGAGCAGGAGUUCUUGACCAGGGUGCCGAGCGUCUCUGAAAGGGCACCUCUGUCCUCACUGUGAUCCAGUGGAGGGACUUCCUGACCCUGUCAUCAGCCUCAGAAGCCGAAGUCUUAUUCGUCCCAGGGGCCCUGCCCCUGCCUAGGAUUAAGGCUGUCUUGGAAUUACACGAAUGUCCAGUUGGGGCCCAGCAUCCUGUCUGCUGAAGAACAGGAGAAUUCAUAACUCUCAGACCCCUUUCCUCUCCUCACCCCCCAAGUCUGGGGGAGGGGCGUCAGGGGUCUUAUUCUUAGGAGACGGACCAGCGUGGUCUGGUGGUCCAGGAGUGGGGUAUUUUGGGCCAGGGAGACAUGGGAAGGCCUGGGUUUGAGCGCUGCUCUGGAAACAUUAAGCCCCAGAAUGGAACAGCCAGCAUAUCAUCCAUGGAAAUUUUGGAAGCUUUGGGAAAAUUCUGGAAAAUGCCACUAGCCAGUGGGAACAAAAGAGAUGUGUCCUGGGGGCUGGAGCUGUGCUUAGGUAGGAGAGUUAGACUGGCCACCUGUCCCCACCCCAGGCUGACCCUUCUGAGUGGACGGCGGUAGGACCCCAGUGCCCCCAAAUUUCAUCCUUAGUGAUCGCUUUUUGUGAUGCAGGCCUGAGGGGUUUGAGGGCAGUAUGUCCAAGAGAAACCCCUACAUCUCCAGUGGUCCCAGGAGUGGUCUCCCCAUGCCACCAAGCCAUGUUCCCCGGUCCCAGGAGAGACUGUCCCCUGCUGAGAGCCCUCAAGUUUUCCCCAGCCAUCCCUCGCUCUGAGUCUGCAGAAAUCCCGGUCAGGGAACCCAGACUCAUCUGGGGUCAGGUGGGGAAGCUGGAAUCUUUCUGUCUUUGUGGCCAUCCCCACCCUUUGCUCCUCCAGCCCCUCACUGGUGCUGAGGCGUCAGUCACGGGGACGAAGUGGAGAGGAAUUUUCCACAGGAUGAAGUAGGAUAGCAGUGGCUUUGAACAGUGGCAGCCUUCUGGGUCAGGGGCUCAAUGCUCAGUCCCAAAUGACCCCUUCCUGGAGGAGAAAUCCAUUCUAUUUUACUAAUUUUAUUGGAAUGCAGGAAGCCCACAACAAGAAGCAGUUGAUUUUUCUGACUCUGAGGACAUGGCAUUUGAAGAUCUUUAUCUCUCUCUUUGCCACCUGAGUUCUAGUCCUAAAAUACAAAAUCUGGAGAACGAAACAAGGGUUGGGAGGGCAAGCACGGACCCUCCAGUUCCUCCCCUGAGAGCCUUUUCCCUGGGCAGCUCUCAGGAGCUUCCAGAACCCACAGGACUCCCUGCAGCA